ACGCGUCUUGCGUAUUUCCGUUCUCCAUAUUGAAUUUUGCAAUAAUCAUUUCUUUGCGGUUUACGACUAAUCGCGUCUAGUGUGGUUUUUAUUUGUAAAGAAUGGUAUUGAUUUUUAAUUAUUGAAAUUCUUCAUUGUAUUAAUUCACUAAACAAAAUCAUGGGUGAUCCGUACGCAUCGUCGGACUAUGGCAGUGGAUCCUAUGGAGGUCAAUAUUCAAUGCCACCUCCGUCCUUAGGCUCUGGUGACAGUAAUUACAGCGCACCUCAACAACAGCCUGGUAAUUAUACUCCAGGAAAUUAUGGAGCUGGUGGUCAAAAUACUAACCAAGCGUGGAGUCAACCGAGUUCUGGCGGGGGAGGUAGUGGAAGCUACGGCAGUCAGGAAAAUAAUUAUGGACAGCAAAAUUUUGGAUCAAAUUAUGGAGGCGGUGGUGGUAGUGGAUUUGACCGCAACGGUAGCGGUAAUAGCAGCUACAAUGUGAGUGGAAGUGGAAGUGACCGUGGAGGCAGUAAUUAUGGCGGUAGUGACCGCGGUGGGAGCUAUGGAAGCAAUGAGCGCAGCGGGGGAGGCUAUGGAAACAAUGAUCGUGGAAGUGGGAGUUACGGAGGAAGUGACAGAAGCGGUGGCUCCAGCUAUGGUGGCGGCGGCGACCGUGGGAGCGGUUACUCAAGUGGUGGUGAUAGAGGCUAUGGCGGAGACCGAUCAAGCUAUAAUAGAGACGGGGGGAAUAGAGAUGGUGGAUAUGGUGGCGGCGGCAGGGGGGGUGGUUAUAAUAAAGGAGGCGGCGGUGGCUAUGGCGGAGACAGGGGUGGUGGAGGUGAUAUGGUGACCCAAGAAGACACUGUCUUCAUUCAAGGCAUGAAUCCAGAGACUACUGAAGAAGAAUUGUGUCAGCAUUUUGGAGCUAUCGGUAUUAUAAAAACUGAUAAAAAGACACAGAGGCCUAAGGUAUGGAUGUAUAAAGAUAAAGCGACGGGACAGCCGAAGGGAGAAGCUACCGUAACAUACGAAGAUUCCAACGCCGCUUCCUCUGCUAUUCAAUGGUUCGACGGAAAGGAGUUCAACGGAACCACAAUUAAAGUGUCCCUCGCCCAGCGGCAAAAUACGUGGGCCGGAGGCAAAGGUGGCGGCGGCGGCGGCGGUGGUGGUGGCUUCCGCGGCGGUCGGGGCGGCGGCGGCGGAGGAGGCGGUGGGGGCGGCCCGCCGCGCGGGGGCAGGGGCGGUGGCGGCGGGGGCAGCGGCCCGCCGUCCGGCAACCGCGAGGGCGACUGGAGGUGCCCCAACCCCAGCUGCGGCAACACCAACUUCUCCUGGAGGAAGUCGUGCAACAGAUGCAACGAAGAGAAGCCCGGCGGUGGUGGCGGCGGCGGCGGCCCGCCGUCAGGCGGAGGACGCGGGGGCGGUCCCCCCGGGCGGGGCGGGCGCGGCGGCGGGGGGCGCGGGGGCGGCGGCGGCGGGGGACGCGGCGGCGGCUGGGGCGGUCGCCCCGACCGCGGCUCGGAUCGCUCCGGCGACCGCAGGGGCUCGGGCGACCGUGGCUCCAGCGGCGGCGCCAUGCGAGGCGACGGAGGUGGCAGAGACAGACAACGGCCGUAUUAGUUAUUAAGUUUUCUUGACUGAUGUAAGAUAGAUUCUUGACAGAUUUGAAAUAACUGAGUUGGUACAGAUUGAAAUGAAUUUGUUUUGUUUACUGGACAUAUAGAGCCUAUUUUCUAAGAGAACAUUAAUAUCUCAAUUGUAAGCAAUAUAAGACUGUGGUUUAAACGUAAUUUAAGUUUUAUGUAAAAGUAAAAAAUAUACUAAUCUUUCCACAAAUUUUUUCCUCAAAUUCAUCUAUAUUAAUAGAUUGUAUUUUAUAUUAGAAAUCAGUUCUGUACCAACACAGUAAACUCCCAAUAUUAUGUAAUAUUAUUUACAUAAUGAACACGCUUUUAAUAAAAUAUUACACUAAGACUAGGAGAUAAAAUCAAUUUGAGACACGCUGAUACAAACCUAAAUAAUUAUUAUUAAUAAUAUCUUAUGGUCAAUUUAGCUAAGAUUUAUUAGAAUAUCUGUAUUAGGUAUAAUUCUUUUGUGUUUUAAUAAAUACGUAUUCCACAA